CAACAAAAAACAUGGCGGCGCCCAUGACUACCCGCUCCGCUGGUAUUCUUUAUUUGUUCAGUAAAUAACAUUUGUUACAUUUUAACAGUGUUUCUCAAACGGGGUGUUAGACUCAGAAAAACGAGGUCAUCAUGUUCAGGCUGGCAGUAGUGUGUGGGGGUUCCAGAGGCAUUGGGAAAGCAGUGUCCCGCCUGCUGGCAGAAAGAGGCUGCAGGGUAGCCGUUGUCUCCCGGAACAAAGACGUCGCCCAGGCAACUGUGGCAUCUCUGCAUGGAGAUGAGCACAUUGCUUUUAGCUGUGACAUCUCUAAAGAACAGGAAGUGCAGAAAACAUUUGAAAUGAUCCAGAAGACCUGUGGAAACAUCUCCUAUCUUGUGAACGCAGCCGGUAUCAACAGGGAUGGUCUGCUACUGAGGACCAAACCAGAGGACAUGGUGGCUCUGCUUCACACCAACCUGCUGGGCUCCAUGCUGACCUGCAGGGCAGCGCUGCGCAGCAUGCUGCACAGCCAAGGAGCAGCUAUUGUUAAUAUAGGCUCUGUUGUGGGCCUGAAAGGAAACUCUGGCCAGUGUGUCUACAGUGCCAGUAAAGCUGGUCUAGAGGGUUUCACUCGCUCCUUGGCUAAAGAAGUUGCUUCACGUAAUAUCAGGGUUAACCUCCUGGCUCCAGGUUUUAUCCACACAGACAUGACUGCAGGGAUGAGAGAGGAGGCUUUAGAGCGCUCCAUCCCUCUGGGGAGAUUUGGAGAGCCAGAGGAGGUAGCCCGGGCCGUUCUCUUCCUCCUGGAGUCCCCCUACAUUACAGGACAGGCGCUAGUGGUGGACGGAGGGCUGCAGCUGGCCAUGUAGGGAGUAACAGCUUCCUCCAGAGCUACUGUUUUGAAUAUUCAGUGUCUUAUUUUAGGCGUUAAGUGUCACUGUUGAUUGAGAAAUUUAUGACUGAUAACAAAAAGAAAAACUUUUGAACUUAAAGCCUUACAUCUUACGUUAAAUCUAGAGCUCUGCCCAAACUAAGUUAAAAGUGAUACCUGGUAAGCUGCUGGAUUAUGAGAUGUGCAUUUAUUCCUCGUAUCAGAUGUAUUGCUACUGCAAAAGCCUUCAGAUUAAAGCAAACAUAAUGUAUGUUGUUAAAACUCAUUUACUUUCUUCUGCUGAGUCACUCUGUUCAGCCACAGUGGGCGUGGCCUUUGAGAGUCAGUCAUGACUAACGCUGCUGACUCCAGAGUGUCUGGCCUAGUCCAGACCUCCGUGCCCUGGGGUCCUGAAUUUGAUCAGUAAAUUUAACGCUGUUGGUCUUUUUCCAUGACUGUAAAGCACCCGCCCGCUUGCACGCCACUGAUCCUUACGCUCAUGUUUUGUUCCCCACGUCCCCCUGGGAGACCCCCUCACAGCCGCCACAUGUUGCCCUCCACAGCCUCCUGCCUGCGCCCCCCAGGCCCACCUCUGGCGCGGCCUAUAGAGGGAGGAGGCAUUUGGGGCUGCAGCUGGAGGGAAUUAAAGGUAGCGGUGGAGGUAGGGGGGUAUUUUUAGUGCUGGGAAUGUUUUGAGUGUCUAGUUACAGCUCUGGACCUGUACUGUGGAUGUGUGGGGCUAGAGGUGACUGUCAUGCUCACUGAUGAGAUUUGCAAAGCUGUUAUCAAAACCUGGACUUUAAAUGAGCUACAGUGUGUGGGGGCUGUUGUGUGCAUUUCUCCUCUAAAUGUUGUAUGUCUUUCUAAAAGGAGCAGCCAGCCAGGUAGAUGGACUCAACAGUCAUUUUUCAAGUCUAUUUAAACUCAUUUUAAACUGAAUCUGGUCUACUUUUAGGUUACUAUUUAUUUUUUAGGUUACCAUAUAUUUACUUUUAUUGCAUCAUCUGAUGUUUGCUGUGAUGUUCACUCCACAAACCUUGGUUUUGUGUUAAAACCUGAAUGCUCCGGACCAGCAACACACAAAACUUCUGCUUUUAUAAAAGUGCUCACAUUUCCUGACGAUCAGUUAAGAGAGGAGCUUAGAGACCCAAGGUUUUGGGUGAUGACACCAUCUGGAACAGCUGUAAAAGUCUCUAGACAGGACAAGGCAGCCUUUUCUGACAGGAAAUGAUUAAUACAGACAGAAAGGGUAAGUCUGCAAGGUAAGAUUUAAACCAGCCUAACGCUGAUCCAGACACACCCACUACUUGAUGUAACCUGUUUAAUGUGACUGUGUAACAGUGACGCAGUAUCAAAAGCAGAACAGUGUAAUUCCCAGCAUCUGGAACCAUCAAAAUGUCAUUUGUAACCCUAAGAAGAGCAGUUUCAGUCAAAUGUAAUUU